UUCCCCUUUUUUACGAGUCUGUUGGUAGGAGGCGUAUUUUCCGUCUACAAGACUCGCAGGCAAGGAGGCGCCUCCUGCCUGGACAGUCCUCUCCUUCCCCGCGAGCACCGCCGUCGCCGUCGUCGUCGUCCAUCCCGAUGCAGCAGCGGCGCGGCCGGCCGUCCGGCACGGAUGGCUCCGACUUCUCCUACCGCAUGGUCGUCGACUCCCGGUACCAGAGGGUCGCCGACGGCAGAUCCCGCCUCGCCCGGCUCAUGCUCGUGCAGACACUGCACCAGGUCGCUGGGGGCGCGUUGCUGUUGCUGUCGCUGUCGAAGGGGACGGAGAUAAACAAGUUCGCCGUGCUGUCCUUGGCCGCCGGGCUGCUGGCCAUUCUGCUGGGGGAAUUUGGGCGGAGGCGGACUGUGGCAGUGUUUCUUCGGUUGUACACAAGCUUGUCAUCGAUUGCUAUUGCAUUCUCUGUGACGUGCAUUAUUCGUUCAGACUUGUUCGUGAAGAUCACGAAGCAAAACACAGCAGCCAUUACAAGCUAUGAGAUGUUCGAUGUGGUCCGUGUUGCACUUGGUGUCCUGCUCCAAUUGGUGGUCAUCGCGACAACCACCAGACUCCUGCAAAACAUGUCUCCUCCCAAGAGAACUUCAUGAAGGCCAUGACAUCGUAGCUGUGCCCUAUCAGUACAAAGGAAUACCGACCGAGUUUUCAUACCCGUGGGAUGGAAUGCUGUAGACCUCUAAAGAAACGGCAAUUGGCGCAAAAUCUCCAUGACGAUCAUGUGUUUACUUGUUUUUAGCCCCUCUUCUGUUCUCUGACUUGUCAGGAAUUUUUUGUGGUGGCUGAAAGGCUAAUUGAAGAACUUUUAUGUCU